GUAGAAAACAAUUUAUUUCGAAAAUCCUGAAUGUCGGGUUAUGAUUGUUAUGUCAUUUGAGCCGAGUUGCUUUCGGGACCUUGCAUUGUGCGAUUUCACUUGAGUUUUGCACGAGUUUUUUUUUUGCCGACGGUCCCUCCACUUGGUUUCCUGAGCAUGUGCCUGUUGUCUCAUUGGUAAGAAGAAAAGCGGAAUUUGGCUGGACGGUAGCGGUAGCUGCAGAUUUUGGCAAUUCGCAGCUCUUCACUCCCAUCCUUUCUCCGGGAUUGUGUUAUGGUGUUUGUUUUUUGGCUUUCUUCCGGCAGCUGGAGGCCAGUUCGGCUAAGUUUAAGAACAAAUGUGGAAUAACUCAUCAGUUCCACGUUGAAAAGUGACUUGUAACGGCGUGCAGUUGGGACUUAUCAAAACAGCAGCAACAACACUGAGUCCUGCUCCCGAAUGGUUUGUGGCGCUUUUUUGAACAGAACUGAUUAGGAAAGCCAGCGCAAUCGACCAAGUAUUUUCCAUACAGAUGAAAACAUACCGCAAAAUGAGAGUGGAUCGGAACCAAGCUGAUUCAGAAGUGUUUUAAAGAAACCGCCAGCUGUGCAGCGGUCGAAAUCUACAUUCUCGACUGUUUUUGUUUAAACCAGCCCCUUGUUUACUUCUCGGAGCGCAGGAACAUGGAUGAAGAAAGUCACCCCGAAAAUGGAGUGGAGAAUGGAAAGGACACGGAUCGGCAGCUCCGUUUACGAGUUUGUGUGAUGAAUGAGAUUUUAAAAACGGAGAGAGACUACGUGGGGUCCUUGAAAUUUCUAAAGUCUUCAUUCCUGCACAGAAAUCACCAGAAUGAUGGCGACAAGUCAGAAAAACGAAUUACUGAAGAACAUCUCAAGAUUUUGUUUUCUAACAUUGAAGAGAUACUUGACGUGCAUAUGCUGUUUUUAGCAGCUCUUGAGUGCCAUUUACAACCAGAACCACAACCUCAACAUGAACUUGGAAAUAUCUUCCUUCAGUUUAAAGACCGAUUUUGUGUCUAUCAAGAAUAUUGUAGCAAUCAUGAAAAAGCCUUGAGACUUUUAAUGGAAUUGAACAAAAUACCUGAAGUGCGGGCAAUGCUUUUGAACUGCAUGGUUCUGGGAGGAAUGAAGACCACAGAUAUACCACUGGAAGGCUAUUUGUUAACCCCAAUACAGAGAAUCUGCAAAUAUCCUUUACUACUUAAGGAGUUGCUAAAACGGACACCCAAAAGGCACAGUGAUAACUCAGCAGUGGAAAAAGCUUUGCAAGCAAUGAAAGCCGUGUGCACUAAUAUUAAUGAAACCAAGAGGCAAAUGGAGAAACUGGAAGCUUUGGAACAUUUACAGUCAUCGAUUGAAGGAUGGGAGGGUUCAAAUUUGACAGAUAUAUGCACUGAGUUGCUUCAGCAAGGACCUUUGUUAAAGAUCUCAGCUGGAAAUAUUCAGGAACGAGUGUUCUUUUUGUUUGAUAACUUGCUGGUAUACUGCAAAAGGAAAUCUAGGGUUGCUAGUAAAAAGUCAACCAAGCGCACCAAGUCUAUAAAUGGUGCCCAAUACAUUUUCCGUGGAAGAAUCAACACCGAGGUAAUGGAAGUGGAGAAUGUUGAAGAUGGAACAGCUGAUUACCAUAGCAAUGGCUAUACUGUGACAAAUGGUUGGAAGAUUCACAAUACAGCUAAAAAUAAGUGGUUUGUCUUAAUGGCCAAAACUGCUGAAGAAAAACAGAAAUGGUUGGAUGCAAUUCUAAAGGAGCGAGAACAGAGGGAGAGUCUGAAGUUGGGCAUGGAACGUGAUGCAUAUGUCAUGAUCUCUGAGAAGGGAGAGAAGCUUUAUCACAUGAUGAUGAGCAAGAAAGGAAACCUCAUAAAAGACCGGAGGAGAAAGCUGUCUGUUGUCCCAAAGUGUUUUUUUGGCAAUGAGUUUGUUUCCUGGCUGAUGGACAUAAGAGAGAUCAGUAAAGCUGAGGAAGGCGUGAAUCUAGGUCAAGCCUUGCUUGAGAAUGGCAUCAUUCAUCAUGUUUCUGACAAACACCAUUUCAAAAAUGAGAUGGUACUGUAUAGGUUUCGGUACGAUGAUGGAACCUACAAACCUCGAAGUGAGAUGGAAGAUAUCAUGUCUAAGGGUGUAAGGUUGUAUUGUCGAUUACAUUGCCUCUUCAAUCCUGUGGUCAAAGAUCGAGAUCAUCACCUGAAAACCUACAAGUCUGUGGUGCCAGCAAGCAAGUUGGUUGACUGGCUCCUCAUGCAGGGCGACUGCCAGACCAGAGAGGAAGCGGUCACCCUUGGCGUUGGACUGUGUAAUAAUGGCUUCAUGCAUCAUGUGCUAGAGAAAAGUGAAUUCAAGGAUGAGUCCCAAUUUUUUCGCCUGUAUGCUGAUGAAGAAAUGGAAGGGACCAGCUCCAAAAGCAAACAGUUGCGGAAUGACUUCAGAUUGGUUGAAAACAUUGUUGUUAAAUCCCUUUUGAUUUUCCCUGAAGAAGAGAAUUAUGGAUUUGAAAUUGAAGAGAAAAAUAAGGUCAUUGUGGUGAAAUCUGUACAAAGUGGCUCUUCUGCUGAGGUAGCAGGCCUUCAGGUUGGGAGGAAGAUUUACUCCAUCAAUGAAGAUUUGGUUUUUCUGAGACCAAUUUUGGAAGUGGAGACAAUUUUAAAUCAGCUGCACUGCAGUCGGAGGCCACUGAGGAUGCUGAUUGCAACAAAACCCAAAGAGAUAAUCAAAGUUCCUGACUCCUUGGAAGGACUGAGCUUUCAGAUACGUGGAGCUGCCCCACCUUUUGUUCAUGCAGUUCUAAAAGGGUCUGGGGCUGCAGCAGCGGGACUUCUUCCUGGCCAGUGUAUUCUAAAAGUAAACGGGAACAAUGUUAGCAAAGAAAACUAUACUGAAGUACUUGAGCACUUCAGUGCAUGCAGAAAUAAUCCACACCAUUUUCUGGAAGAGGAGAAUAUUGUAGAAGAGAAGACUGAGUUACGGGCUACUAGAAUUGAAACGAUUGAGAAUACAUGCUCCAGUCAGUGGAUAUAUAGGACUGUUGAAGAUGUUGAUGAGACAACACAAACAAAAGUCAACACAGAUAGUUUCUACAGUAUUUCCGAUCUAUCAAUGAAUGAUAAAUUGUUAGAUGUUCCAGCCAAUCAAACAAAACCAUGUGGUCAUAUCACUGAGAGCAAACAGGAGGCAGGCCUGCCACCGAUCAUUGAUGGGGCGACCUCUCAUGUCAACAUGACUGUCGACAAUGUGUAUUUAGAGCAUGGUGUUGUCUAUGAGUAUGUCAGUACAGUCGGCAUAAAAUGUCAUGUCAAGGAAAAAAUGAUGGAGCCUAAGGGAUGCUUCAAUUUAACUGCAAAGAUUUUGGAAGCUUUAGCAGCAGAUGACCGUCAGUUUGUAAAGAACUGCAGAGGACUGAUAUCUUCUAGGAAUUCUCUCAUCUUUAAGCCUCAAUUGGAAUUCAGCCAGCUGUGUGAGACCAAGCUUGAUACCAUUGGCCAGAGAAUUUCCAACUAUUUGAAGUUUGCCCAGGAGUUGAAAAAUAAAGCAUGGCCCUCCUUCAAGCAAGCUUCAACCAAGUUACACCCAUUAGACUGCACUGACUUCUGUCCAAGCAACUGUCAUAUUAAUGUAAUUGAAGUAUCCUGCCCAAAAAGUACUACCUCUCUGGGAAGAUCAUUCAGCAUACGCUUUGGUCGAAAAAAUUCUUUCCUUGGCCUGGAACAAGAUCAAGGAAUCAUAAAUCCUAUGAACUACACUCGGCACAGCAUCACCACAAUGGCAGCACCCCAAUGGAAGUGUCUCAUAAUGGAGGAGGGAGAAAUAGAUCAACAGAAGAAUCCAGAGGAGUUGGUGAAUCAGAAUGGAGAAGUGUCUCAAGAAAGUGGAGGCUUAAGCUUUCUAUUAAAGCAGGAAGACCUGGAGAUUCAGUACACUUUCUUCCAGCUUUUUAUUAAACUGGAGAACUCUUUGAAAGAAAUGAAACAAUAUGUUAUGCAAAUAAAUGUCCUCCUGUCCUCAAUAACUGAGCCUGCGCAAUCUGAGACUUCGGAGCACAGUUCAUCAGACCUCACACUUCACCCAUCUGUUCUGAUGGAAGAAAAUGAUAUUGACAAAGCUGAACACUGUGGAACAAAAAGGGUCUGCUUUGUGGUGAAUGAGGAAGAGCAGGAUGACUCUGGACAUGACACAACAAGUUAUAGGGAUUCCUACAGUGAAUGUAAUAGCAACCGAGACUCUGUUCUAUCCUAUACAAGUGAUCGCAGCAGGAGCUCCUACCUGGGCAGUGAUGAAAUGGGAUCAGGAGAUGAACUGCCUUGUGACAUGAGAAUUCCUCUUGACAAACAGGACAAAUUACAUGGGUGCCUCGAGCACCUUUUUAAUCAGGUGGACUCCAUUGAUGCACUCCUCAAGGGGUCAGUUAUGGCCAAGGCCUUUGAAGAGACAGAUGGUAUUAGUACAGAAUACAACAUACAAGAAUUUCGACAGAAAGUUGACCAAAAUAUAAGAUGUCGAAGUAUAAUUCAAACAAAUGUGCAGGAGGACCCCUGGAAUUUGCCUUGUUCGAUCAAUGCCUUAGUGGACAACGUACAGGAAUACGUAGAAGAUGGAAAAAAUCAAUUGCUUUUAGCUCUACUCCAUUGCACAGACCUGGAGUUACAAUUACGCCGUGAUGUCCUCUUUUGUCAAAGCCUUGUAGCAGCUAUCUAUAGCUUUUCAGAGCAGUUGUUGGCUGCUCUGAACCACCGGUAUAAUAAUAAUGGAGAAUAUGAAGAGGAGAGCAAGGAAGCCAGCAAGAAGUGGCUUGAACAGAUAGCUGUUACUGGGGUCCUUCUCAAUUUUCAGUCUCUGCUUUCUCCAAGUGUGAAAGACGAGCGCAUCAUGCUGGAGGACACCAAGGUCGCCUUGUCUGAUCUGGAUAAUGUAACAUUCUAUUUUAGACAGCUGGAACGUGAAUACCCAGUAGCAAACAUUCCUAUCACUUACCAUAUAGAUGGAAGCCGGCAAGCAUUGAAAGUUAUCUUUUAUCUUGAAAAUCAUAACUUUAUGGAGUUGCCUUCUAAGUUUCAGAAUGGGGGAAGUUUAAAACUGCACACAGUGCUUUUCACUCAAGCUCUUGAGAACCGAUGUUCUUCAGAAAAUGCAUCUGCAGAAGAAUUUCAACAACAGAUCAAUUCGGCUUCUCUUGAAAAAGUUAAAUGUUAUUAUCGAAAACUCAGGGCUUUCUAUCUAGAACGGUCUAAUUUACCUUCUGAUUCGUCUACGACUGCUGUAAAGAUAAACCAGCUAUUACGUCCUCUCAAUGCAUUGGAGGAACUUCGGCGAUUGAUGGAGUUGUACAUAGGCCCAAAGCAUUCAACAUCCACUGUGAACUCAAGCAGCAAUGCUUCUGGGGUUGCAGCCUUGCCAAUAUCUUCUGAGCUUUGCAACAGGCUUGGAGCUUGUCAGAUUGUUAUGUGUAGCACUGGUAUACAAAGGAGUACUUUAAGUGUGACCCUGGAACAAGCAGUUAUUUUGGCUCGUAGCCACGGACUGUUACCUAGAUGUAUCAUGCAAGCCACGGACAUUAUGAGAAAACAGGGUGCGAGGGUUGAGAAUUCAGCCAAAAAUUUGAAAGUAAUGGAUCAGAUGCCACCAUCUGUGCCAAGGUUAUACCGGCUCUGUCAACCACCUUCUGAUGGAGACAUAUGAAAGUAACUUCUUUUGUAACGGCUUUCCAGGACUUCCCAGAGAGCCAGAACUGUUAGACAUUGUACAAUUAUAUUGUGUCUGUAUUUUGUUACAGUAAAACUGUAGAGCAUCUAUAUAUGUACAGAAAGCAGCACAGAGGCAGAGCUGUUCUUUUGCCCAUAUUUCCAUCAAUAGCACAGCGAUGGUUGACUAUCCCAACCUGCAUCAAUAUCUGGAUUUAUUGUAAUGACUUAUGGAACAGCUAUAAAAUUAAGAAUUUUUGUAUAUGCAUACCUCAUCAUACAUAUAAUUUUUGGAUCUUGGUGACUGGCUUAUGUCAGUGUAGUGAUGGGUCCAGGCACAUCUUUUUGUCAGCAUUGGAAUUCUACUGAUUUACAUAUACAUCUCAAGCUAAAGACUAUGCACCAACCAUGUUGUUAGAAACUAAUGCUAUUGCACAUAUAAGACUGUAAGAGAAGUAAGAUGCUAUACAAAUAGAUUGUUAAGAUAGCAGAGAAUAUCCAGCUAUUUUUUAUAAAAAACCCAUUAUAUAAUAUACUCAUGAGACCAUCUAUGGUACUGUACACAUAACUAUUACAUGUUGUGUAGCUACAGAAGGCUCUUAUCCUUCUGCUUAGCUAGAGCAUCUGAUACAACAUGUACUGUUAACAAUUCAUUUUAACUGAACAAACAAUGUAAAAAUUCCCUUGAUUAUAGUUACACCCUUUGCUAUUAUGCUUUUUGUUUUGCUUCCAAGACAGCAUUAUUGAAUGUGGUCUACUGGAAUUGUCAGGAUUGUGUUUGUUCUGGUGAAUCAGUAGUUCAAUUUUCCAUUUAGUUACUAAAAUCAGCUAUUAUCAACACAAGCUGAGUUAAAAUGAAAACUAAUAUGUUGACCUUUUCAGAUAGAAUUACAUUAAAAUCUAAACCGCCUCAAAUUUGUGAAAGCUCCCCAGCCUGUUUUGUGCAUUCUGCCUUAAUUUUGCAGGAUCCAAUUUCAAAGCCUACAAAUUAUGCCAGUAAACAUGACUAUUUCUGAUAUUUAUAUUUCUGUCACAAAUAUCUUUAUUAUUAUAGCUGGCAGUAUUGCUAUCUACUUGUUCUAAUUUGAGUGUCAACUGGUGAAUAUCCAACAUCAAUUUGUUUGCAUUUUUAUUGAAAUUAUGACAACAGAUGACUGAAUAUUCCCUAUAGUUGCAAUCAUGAAAGUUUGUUUUCAUCUGAGUUCAGUACUUAAUUCAAAAUUCUUCUGUAACAAUACCAAGUGACACAAAACCUGUUGACCUGAAUAAAUAAGGGAAGAACUGGAGUCUAACAGACAUGUCGUGAAGAAAAACUGUGGACCACAUUAUUUUAGCUUCUGCACAUCUCAGUUUUCAGUUUGAAAUUACUAUUGUCAUGGUAGAAUUAUUUGAAAACUAAAUAAUCUGAUCUAAUUGUUGUUCUGUUUCUUGUCACAAUUAACAAGAGAUGAUUUUGUGAGCAUUUUGUUUUUAGUAUUGACUUUUUAAAAAAAAAAUUGUUUAUUUGCACAAUAGAUAAGUGUUGAAGCAGUUGUCUCAGGGCGAAAGGUUAAUUGGUUAAAUUUUGAAGCCCAUUUCUAGUGCCUUAAAGCUAGAAUUAUAAGCUCUUGAAAUUCACCUGCUUUACUAGGUUGAAAUUUUGAUCAGUAUUAACAUGGUAAAUAUUCUGUUGUUAUAACCUAUUUUCUUUUAAAUGUAGAAUAUCUUCUCAUGUAAUUGUUUCAAGAGUUAACUUGACCAUUUUAUUGGCUGAGCAGACACUUAUUUGUACAUAUGUUUUAAAUUGUGAAUUAAAAUUACUUGGGCUAGAAUUGAGGAAGAUGAUAAAAGUGGAAAAAAGACUGCUUUUGAUUUAAUUCUAGUUCAGAGUCUCAUUUUCCUAAUGUUCCAUGAUUUCUGAUCUGAUCAUUUGCUGUACUGUCUGUAGUCCAGAGAACAGAUCAUUGCAUUACUCCACUCUUCAUCAUCUCCACAUUCACUGAAGUAGUAUAUAUUGUAAUUCAUUGAUAAAUGUGUGACUUAUUUGCAAUGCACAAAAUACUUAGUUCAGCUGAAACACGGAUGUUCCGUUAAUCAGCAGAGAGAGACGUUGCUUCCUUUCAGCGUUAUAUUUAAAUAGUCUUUGAUAUUUUCAGUGUUGUUUUGGUGCAGAUUGGUAGUAAUUCAGACCUGUACCCUGCAGAAUUUUAAUGGAUAUAUUACAAUGAUACCUUAGUCGGAUAGAAUCUAUGUGAUGAAUACUGUGAAAAUGCAGUAGUUUUUGUUUUCAUUCUUUAAACAUCUUCUUCCAAUAUUCCCUUCUUUUCCCGAAGCUGUUUGCUGGAUGUGACCACAUAAAUUGUCACCCAAAAAUUUAAUUUCCUGACAGUGUUCAUUUCUUAGUUGAGAUUGGGAUUUUUGGCAGAUGUUCUCAUAGUUGAGUCUGUCUUAAGCCAAUCUCCACAUAGACAGUUUUUCCACCAGAGGCCACUGGAUAGCAAUUGGUGACAUUUUUCCCCAUGUUAGCUCAGUGAUGCUGAGUCACAGCCUUUUAUAGAUUUUGCUUAGACACUGUGUGGAGUUUUAUUUUUACACAAUGAAUAGCUCAAUUAAGAAAUAAUGGACACUUUUAAUUGCCUCCUAACUCAUUUUUCCUAUGUUGCGCAAUAUUAAUUCAUUACAGCUUAAAGAAAAUUGUAUUCUUAGCUCACUAUGUACUGGACUAAAAUUCCAAAUUAGAGGAAAAUCUGAAACUGGGUCACACAAUUCUGAAAAUUUCAUCUUGGUCAAAGUGAAUAUUUUAACAGCUUCAUGUGAUUUCAAGUGUCUCUGCUCAGCCUGUAUUUAGGUCAAGUAUUGACUAUAAUGUGAUGAUUAAAUCCAGUAGAAAAUUAAUCCACUGAAUUUGGACCUCAAAUUGUAAACCUUUGUCAUAACUAAAAUAACUAUUAAUAGAAAAUUGUACAUACAGUUACACUCUCAUUUUGAAAUGCUUAGUUCUGCACAAACAGAGAGUGAUACAUAGUUAUUCUGACUCUUGUCUAAUCUCUGGUAUGAUGCAAUUACUUGUUUUAAACAUUCAGGAACAUUAACACAAUUCUGUUUCACUUCAAGUCCCAGAUUGCGCCUCUUCUUUGGAAGAUAUCAAUUCACAGAUCUGUAAAACUAAGACAAUCAAUUUUCCAAUUUUAGAUUAAAGGACCAAACCCUUGUAACAGUUUCUGUCAUGGCCAGUGCAAUACUUUUUUUUAAUCAAAGAUCUGCAAGGAAGAGGUGCACUUUCAUCUGGUGACUUACUAAAAUUUGACAAAGCCAUUGUUGUGUAUAAUGCUAGUAACCAUUGUUUUGCUAUUCUUGUAAAUACAUCAGGCUCAUGAUGUAGUUUUCAUUCUGUAAUUCUACAGUUGUACAGUGAGUGUUUAAUUUUAAAUGCUAUUUUAUUGAAAUAGUUAGAUUGUCAGUUUUAACCUGUUAGCAAAUAAAUUUUUAUUUACAUUUCAGGCUGUAUGUGCCUUUUAAUCCUGUUUGCAUUUCAUAAUUAAACUGCAUAAUAUUUAAAGAAAAAAAUUACUAUCCCAAAAUAUCUAAAACAGUGGAUGAUCAAUCACAGAGCAUGCUUACUUAUUGAAAUGUCCAACGCAUUAAUCAUUCUACAAGAUAGAAGGUAACUUAAUGAAAUUAUGUAUCAUUUUGUUACAAAGAUUUUAAGCUAUUUUCUGUUCUUAUGUUUGAUCUGUUGCAUUAGUUUCUGUGAAUCACAGAACUGAAGUGUAUUUGCAGAGUGGACAUUCAUAGUACUUUUAAAUAAGCACGUUGUAACAGAUCACUGCAAACAUGUAAGUUAGUGCUGUGUGGGGUAUGGCACGUGCUGGGAUUAGCUGCAUGCUCCUUUCAAGUGUGCUAACUGAUGUAAUACUUGACUUCUUUAUUCAAAACAUGGCCACUGAACCCUGAAUUGUUACUGAUUCUCAUCUUAGAAUCAUCAGUGACACAAGCACAAGCAAAGAAACUGGAACAGUUGAUCAUUUGUGAAGUGAAAAGGAGAUUUAGAUUAUAUGACUAAAUUAAUAAAGUCAAAACUGUAGUUGAAUGGGAUCUUUCACUGUUUGCAACCUUCCCUGUUUCAUUCUGCAUCUUUCCAUUAAAAUUACUGAAGUCAAAGGAAUUAGAUAUAUUUAGUGGCAUUAUGGAAGUAAGAAUUGUAGACUGUUUGAAAUGUAACUACUUUGUGGCCAAUAAAGUAUUUCACGAUGAUUAUGAAGCUGUACCUACUUCUUAACUGCAUGUCUCAAAGACACCAGUUCAGUGAAACCCUAA